UAUACUCACUUAGCCUAUUAUCAUUUUUCAUUUCCCCCCAGAUAGAUCUGUGUUUACUUAAUUUGUCUUUUUUUUUUUCUUUUCAGUAUGGAACAUGAGACUGAAAAUAGUAGCUCAGAAUGUUUCUGAAGAAGAAGAAGACGUUUCCUUUGAGGUAGAAAUGGAAGGAUUUAAAAGAGAGGAAUCCUGCCUCCCCAUUUUAGGUGACAAUUGGGACUGUGAGAACCAGGAAAGAAAUUUAAGGCAGUCUCCUUUAAUUGAUGAGAAACCAGGGCCUCAGGAAGCAAAUUGUGACCAUCUUGGUUUGGGGGAGCAUUUGAGUACAAAUCCAGCCCUUCUAGCAACAAAUGGCUUUCAUGUUCAUAACUCAGAUAUUAAAACUUUUGAUUGUGAGCAGACCUUACAUAGUUGUCCCCAGAGUUAUACAGUGAGGGGAACUGGUGAUAGUGAUGCUUGUGAAAAAACUAUCCACUCUUCCAUGGAAGUCACUCAGCCUAUAAGAAACCAAAUGAGAGACAAACCAUAUAAAUACGCAGAAAGUAUUAAAUCUCUAAACCACUUUACUACUCCCCUUUGUGAUAAAAAAAUUAAGAAAAGAAGCAAGAAAUUUUACAAAGGUAAGGACUUCGGGGACAUUUUGGCCCUGAGCUCAUCUCUUAAUGAAAAAAGAAGUCAUUCCAUUGAGAAACCCUAUAAAUGUACUGAAUGUGGCAAAUGCUUCAAACGGAACUCUUCUCUUGUUUUACACCACCGAACUCACACUGGUGAGAAACCUUAUACCUGUAAUGAUUGUGGAAAAUCAUUCUCCAAGAACUACAACUUGAUUGUACAUAGAAGGAUUCAUACAGGAGAGAAACCCUAUAAAUGCAGUAAAUGUGGGAAAGCUUUUAGUGAUGGAUCAGCUCUGACACAGCACCAGAGGAUUCACACAGGUGAGAAGCCUUAUGCAUGUCUAGAAUGUGGAAAAACUUUCAACAGAAAUUCAUCCCUGAUUUUGCAUCAAAGAACUCAUACAGGGGAAAAACCAUAUAGAUGUAAUGAAUGUGGGAAACCCUUCACUGACAUCUCUCACCUUACUGUACAUCUCAGAAUCCAUACUGGUGAGAAGCCUUAUGAGUGUAGCAGAUGUGGAAAGGCUUUCCGAGAUGGCUCAUACCUCACCCAGCAUGAGAGGACACACACUGGAGAGAAGCCUUUUGAAUGUGUAGAGUGUGGGAAAUCCUUCAAUCGUAACUCUCACCUCAUUGUGCAUCAGAAAAUUCAUUCUGGGGAGAAACCCUAUGAAUGUAAAGAGUGUGGGAAAACUUUCAUUGAGAGUGCAUACCUCAUCAGGCAUCAGAGGAUUCACACUGGUGAGAAGCCCUAUUGUUGUAACCAGUGUCGUAAACUCUUCAGGAACAUCGCUGGACUUAUCCGGCAUCAGAGGAUUCAUACUGGUGAAAGGCCUUAUGAGUGUAAUCAGUGUGGUAAAGCUUUUAGGGAUAGUUCCUGUCUGACCAAACACCAGAGGAUUCACACUAAAGAGACUCCAUACCAGUGUCUGAAGUGUGGAAAGUCCUUCAGGCAGAAUACUCACCUGGUAGUACACCAGCGACUUCAUAACAGGGAGGGUCCCAGCCAGUGUCCUCAUUGUGGGAAAAUAUUUAGAAGGAGCUGGUGUCUUGUCCGACAUCAGAGAACACACAUUAAAGAGCAGCCUGUGGAAGCUUAAUGAACGUGGGCCAUAUUCUUCUUGAGUGAACAAAGGAGAUGUAUCUUCAUAUAUGACUUCCCUUGUUAACAGAAAAGAAUUUGAAUAUGAAAUAUUCUAUUAUCCCAUUAAUUCUGUUAUUAGGGAACUCCUGAAGAGAGGAUUGAAUGGUAAUCAAUGUAGAAAAGGCUUCAGGGAUGAUUAAGCCUAUACCAAACAUGUAGUGCAUACACUGAAAUAAAGUACCCAGAAGUGAGGAUAUUUCCCUAGAAAUACCCAUCUAACUUUACAUCAGGAUACUUAAAUUGGAAAGAACCUGUGAAUGCAUUCAGUAGCUAAUCAGUAGGAGACAUCUUUAAUAGAGAGUAUCACCUUAUUGUAUAUAAGCAAAUGAUGAUUAGACUCUAAGCUUCUAAGUUUAAUUAGGAAGAGAAGCUUUUGUCAGGAGGUUUUACUGUCUUUCCUGUAUCCGCAAAGGCAGGCAUAGUGGUGAGAGGUCUCACACAAUGCCCCACAACAACCACAGGGUUUAGUUGAGUUUGCUGUUUGAAUGCACUUCUGUUUUAUGGUGCUGCCAGAACACUGAGGACUCAUUUAAUGAGGCGAAACUGGAUGUAAGAGUUGCUUGUGAUUGAAAUGAAUUUGUCCCUCUUAAUACUAAAGUACUCUCCAUGAUGGAAAGGGCUGCUUCUAAGGAAUAGAAUCCAUUGCUUUAGUUGUUGAACAAGAAAACAUUGACUUGUUGUAUUUCAGUUAUCACUUGCCUUCAUCAUUGUUGGUCAUUUAGUACACUAAUUUAUUUAGAGUUCAAGUCCUUUGAAGCAAAAUCCAAAGGUUUUGUUGCCAUACUAAAAAUACUUAAAUCAUUGCAAAAGAAGGCAUAAAAUAGAUCUAUUGUUAUUACAGUCGUGUUAAGUGUGUUCAUAUUUGGCUAUAGGUUAGCAGUGUAUGAUGGAAAAGAUUUAAUGGCUUUCUUAGGGAACUACAAUUGUGUAAUUUUACCUUUUUAUACAUUUUUAUUUAAUAAUUUGAUGAUGUAUAUAGAAGUGAAGCUAAAAGGAAGUGAAUUUGGUGUUUUCUUGGAUCUUUGCCAGUGGAUAGAGGCCAAAGAUAUUGUUAGACAUCCUACAAAGGCUAGGUUAUGGUUACAGGAAGCUGUAAGGUUCUACAGGUGUAUAUAAACAGAAGCUUCUCUGGAAUCAGCAUCCUGAGCCUAGAAUCAUUCCUUUUGGAACUUGGAUUAUAAAGAUUAUGGCAUUGUGGAGGGA